AUGGCGGGGACGGGCGCGGCCCUGCUGGCGGGGCUGCUGGCGAGGCUGGCGCUGGUGCUGUACGGGCUGCACCAGGACCGCGCCAUGCGGGUGCGCUACACCGACGUCGACUACCGGGUGUUCACGGACGCGGCGCGCCUGGUGACCGAGGGGCGGUCGCCCUACGGGCGGGCCACGUACCGCUACACGCCGCUCCUGGCCUGGCUCCUGACGCCCAACGUCUUCCUCGCCGAGGCCUUCGGGAAGCUGCUCUUCGUGGCCGGGGACCUGGCUGCUGCUGUCGUCGCCUACCGGGCCCUGCGGCGCCGGGGGGCCGCCCCCGGCCGCGCCUGUGGGUGCUGCGCCGCCGCCUGGCUCCUCAACCCCCUGCCCAUGGCCGUGUCCAGCCGGGGCAACGCGGAGGCGCUGGUGGCUCUGCUGGUACUCGCCACCCUGUACUGGGUGGAGGCGGGCAGCGUGGGCAAGGCCGCCGUGUGCUACGGGCUGGCCGUGCACAUGAAAAUCUAUCCCCUGACCUACGCGCUGCCCAUAGCGCUUCGCCUGCGCACCGGGCCGGGCCGCACGGAAGGGGCGCGCGGGGACAAAACGACUGAGUUCACGUUUAUGGCUCGCCUCUGGCGCCUUUUUGUAGAGAUGCUGAACCGCGACGUACUACUCUUUGGAACAGUUGCCGGAUCGGUGCUGGCUACCUUGACUGUGGCAUUUUAUCGCCUCUAUGGCUGGGAGUUUUUGGAGCAUGCCUACCUCUAUCACCUGACUAGGAGGGAUAUCCGACACAACUUCUCUCCCUAUUUCUACAUGUUGUACUUGACAGCAGAGAGCAAAUGGAGUUUUGCCCUUGGGCUCGCAGCUUUCCUGCCCCAGCUGCUUUUGCUCCUGGUUGUGUCCGUAGCGUUCUGUGGAGACCUUGCCUUCAGUUGUUUCUUACACACCGCUAUUUUUGUGACUUUUAACAAAGUGUGCACAUCGCAGUACUUUGUCUGGUAUCUCUGCCUUUUGCCCCUCGUAAUGCCUAGUAUUAAGAUGUCUUGGCAUCGGGCUGUGCUGCUUCUUUUUCUGUGGUUCAUCGGACAAGGUCUAUGGCUUACUCCUGCAUACUUUCUGGAGUUCAAAGGCUAUAACACUUUCUUAUUUAUAUGGUUGGCAGGCUUGCUUUUCCUUUUAAUUAAUAGCCUCAUAAUUGUUCAGAUUAUUUCACAUUAUCAAAAAGAAGCACAAGUUGCAAAAAAACUGAAACAACGGUAA